AUGAGGAAAGCAGACCACAAAGUAGAACGGAAGCCCUCAGACCCAACCCUCAGUCACUUACGAAAGCAUAGAUGUGAAACUCCAGUCACUGCCGAUAGAAGACCCGAUAUACUCCUUGUAGACAAGAGGAAUCACAAGCUCCUGGGUUGCGGUGCCUUUCGGCGCGUCUACCGAGCACAGCUGGAGAUACCGGACACGGGCGCCCCCCCUGCCACAGUGGCCGUCAAGAUGGUGAAAUCCCGCAAGGACAAAGUGCAACUAACGCCUUGCAAUCGGAGACUCAAGAUCCUCAUCCACAUCGGGCAACAUGUCAACAUCGUCAACCUGGUGGCCGCCUGCACCAAGAACCUGCACACGAGGGGGGAGCUGAUGAUCCUCGUUGAAUACUGCCGAUUCGGGAACAUUCUGGACUUCAUGAGGAGGAACCACAGGACCUUCGUGAACCAGCUCGACCCGGAGACAGACACCAUCAACCCGUCCCUGUGUUCCCGAGAUCUCCUGUGCUGGGCCUUCCAGGUGGCGCGAGGCAUGGAGUACCUCGCGUUCAAGAAGGUGCUGCACGGCGAUCGCGCGAGAAACAUCCUGCUGUGCGAGAAGAACGUCGUCAAGAUCAGCGACUUCGGACUCGCCAAGGACAUCUACAAGGACGAGAAUUACAGGAAGAGCAAGAACGCGCCACUGCCGGUGAAGUGGAUGUCCGUGGAAGCGCUCCGGGAUGGAAUCUUCUCGACGCAGAGUGACGUGUGGGCCUUUGGAGUUGUCGUGUGGGAGAUGUUCAGCCUCGGGCGGACUCCCUUCCCCGGCAUCUCCGUCGACGAGAAUUUUGUGAAGAAGCUGGAGUCGGGGUUGAGGAUGGAGCGGCCACGGUUCGCCACGGGGGACUUAUACAAGGUCAUGCACGACUGCUGGAGGACUAAGCCCGAGGGACGGCCCUCCUUCGGG